UAGACACCAUGGCGACAUCGUUUGUGGUGGACAGCCCCAAUGUCACCUACACCCCCGAUUUCAUCGAGGCCCGCUACACCUACGACACGGCUCUGGUGUGCCAGGAGGAAGGCACCACAAAGGUGAAGCCCUGCUCCACGAAGCUCACCUUCCGCACGGAGAGGCACGUUCCAAAGCUGGGGGUCAUGCUGGUUGGCUGGGGUGGGAACAACGGCACCACGGUGACGGCGGCCGUCUUGGCCAAUCGGCUGGGUCUCUCCUGGACGACCAAGACAGGCACUAAGAAAGCCAACUAUUACGGGUCCCUCUUGCAAGCCUCCACCGUGUCCCUGGGCACUGGCCGCUCUGGAGAAGUUUUCAUUCCCUUCCGGGAACUCCUUCCUAUGGUACAUCCAGAUGACAUCGUCUUUGAUGGGUGGGACAUCUCCGGGAUGAACCUGGCGGAUGCCAUGCAAAGGGCCGAAGUCUUGGACUGGUCGCUUCAGCAGCAACUCCGGCCGUUCCUGCAGGGCCUGAAGCCUCGGCCGGGCAUCUACAGCCCGGAGUUUAUCGCUGCCAACCAGGAGGAGAGAGCAGACAACGUCCUGGGGGGGACCAUGGCUGAGCAGGUGGCUCAGAUCCGCCACGACCUCCGGGACUUCAAGAACUCUAGUGGGGUGGACAAGGUGAUUGUCCUCUGGACAGCCAACACGGAGCGGUUUUGCGAGGUGCAGCCCGGCAUCAAUGACACGGCCGCCCACCUGCUGCAAGCCAUUGAGUGUGACCGAGAGGUGUCGCCUUCCACUCUCUACGCGGUGGCCAGCAUCCUGGAGGGGUGUGCUUACAUCAACGGCUCCCCACAGAACACCUUUGUGCCAGGGGCUGUGGAGCUGGCAGUCCAGAGAGGGGUCUUCAUUGCAGGAGACGACUUCAAGUCCGGCCAGACGAAGCUCAAGUCCGUCCUGGUGGAUUUCCUGGUCAGCUCAGGGCUUAAGCCCGUCUCCAUCGUCAGCUACAACCACCUGGGCAACAACGACGGCUGCAACCUCUCCGCGCCUGCCCAGUUCCGCUCGAAGGAGGUCUCUAAGAGCAGCGUGGUCGACGACAUGGUCCAGUCCAAUCCCCUCCUCUACGGGCCAGGGGAGCGGCCGGAUCACUGUGUGGUCAUCAAGUACGUCCCCUACGUGGGGGACAGCAAGCGGGCCUUGGAUGAGUACACGUCAGAGAUUGCCUUGGGGGGCACCAACACCGUCGUGAUCCACAACACUUGCGAGGACUCCCUCCUGGCCGCCCCCAUCAUCUUGGACCUGGUGAUCCUCACUGAGCUCUGUCAGCGGAUCCGCGUGGGGGUGGAGGGCGAGACGGAGCCGCAGCCCCUCCAUAGCAUCCUGUCGCUGCUCGGUUUCCUCUGCAAAGCCCCCUUGGUCCCUCAAGGCACCCCGGUGGUGAACGCCCUCUUCCGCCAACGGGCCGCCCUGGAGAACUUCUUCAGGGCCUGCGUGGGCCUUCCACCCCAGAACCACAUGCUCUUGGAGUACAAGACCCAACAGCCGUGGGGCUGCACCAGGCGCCCCUCCUCCGCGUCCACCCCACCUUGGCCUGCCUCUCUCCCAAAGAAAGCCCCACAUGUCAACGGCUUCCUGUGCCCCCAAGAAAGCGAUGGGCCUAUGCCCCCCGGCCUGGCUGCAGGACACGCUCGCUGAUGGGACUCUUCCGUUUCUCUUGGUCUGUCUUUGCUGUCUUGUCUUUUUUGUACUGAGUAGGUUUAGGAAAGGAAGGAGGAACAGUGCAUCACUAAAGGUGGGCAGAAUAACUCCCCCCCUCUCCUUUUGAAAGGCAUUUAUUCAAAAUGAAUGUUCAACUCUGAAAUAAUAAAGUUUUGGAGAGAAAAA